CCGGCAACCACUAAACCCCACUCUUCUUCCCAUCCCCCUCUCUAUUAAUUGUAUAUAAAGACUUCUCACCAUCUCUUCAAACCGAAUCUCCUCUUCCCCUUCACACAGUACCAGAAAGAGAUCUCUCUCUCUCUCACGCGCACACAACACAUUUAUAGACAUGAGACAGGCCGGAAGCUACUCAGCUAUCCUCUUGGGUGGAGUCUCAGGGAGGACUGGACCCCACUCGCUCCCACUGGCAAGGAUAAAGAAGAUCAUGAAGAGGUCAGGUGAUGAAGUGAAGAUGAUAUCCGGGGAGGCGCCCAUUGUGUUCUCAAAGGCAUGCGAGCUCUUCAUCGAGGAGCUGACGCAGAGGGCAUGGAUGGUGAACCUUCAAGGCAAGAGGAGGACUCUCCACAAGGAGGAUGUUGCAGCCGCUGUUAUGACCACCGAUAUCUUCGACUUCCUCAUCGAGAUGGUGUCUGAUUCCAAUGGUAGUCGGAUGGGUCCAGCGGCGAAGUCUGACAACAUGGUGGUGGAAAGAUAGAUGAAAGAAAUGAGAAGAUGCUCUUUGGAUCAGUUAUCAGGUUUAUUUGCAACUCCUGGACAUUAUAUUUUGACAGUAAGUGCACGAGAGAAGACAAUAAAUGGGCUAAAUAUAUACUUUUAAAU